AGUCAAAAUACCCAAGAUCUUGGGUAAAUACCCAAGCAGUGGUCACGCUGGUAAACAUACAGAGUACAGUACUUCGGUUAACGUGAUCACGUUUCUAGGCACGUUCUGUGUGACUUUAUCUCCAGGAAUUCUCCAGUAGGACCAUUUAGUAGGGUGGUUUCAGAGGUCUUGGUAGCUGUUUUCAGAAAGUUAUACUCGUAUGAGUUGAUAUGUAGGGUUGUAAUUGAGGAGUACUUUAUUAUCAGAGAGAGCGAUCAAUGGAGCUUUUAAGAUAUAAGAAUCGUGACACAAAUAUUCCUAAACGAGAUACGAAGGAGAACGUACCAGAUGGUUCACAGAGGCAAGAGAAAAAAAUAUCAAACAUGUGCCAGAGACAAGACAUGCUACUUGGAGAGGAACGUGUUGCAAAAUUAGGGCAUAUUGCUGUUGGUGAGUGGUGUCCUAAUAGUGGCAAUGUUGAGGUCAUAGUAGAGAAGGGGAAAUUCUGGCAAACAAUGGGUUUCCAUGGAGAUGGCAAAAAAUUGCUGAGGCCCUCGGAAGCUUUGUACCUUCUGGAAACAUGUUCGUUGGACCUUCAAUUCCAUGGAAUCACAAUGUCAGUGCAAGAAGCCUACAAUGUUCUUAUUCCCAAAAUGGUGUCAAUGGAAUAUUAUCAGGUAUAUUCCUACCUAAUGCGACUGGGAUACAUCAUUGAUGAACACAACGGAUGCUUUGAUACACACUGUGACACAAAGGACCAGUCAGUGAAAAAAGUUGAGGAUUGGUUUCAACAAAUGGACCCAUCAGCUCAAACCAGCAAAGUUUACAGUUCGGAAAGCACAAGGUCAGGGUUAGCCCUUGCCAACAAAUAUGCAAAAGGUGGGGAUUAUUGGAAUAAUUCAGAAGGAAUAUUCCAAGUAGAUGAGAUAUGUUCAUCCAUUGAUCUCUAUCAAUUCUGCAUGAAAACAAUGAAUACAACGAUAAAUGCAGAUGAUAUAUUGGACAUCAGCAGAAGUGAGCACGACCUCUGGUCGUGCGACAGUGUGAGUGAAAGCGUAUGCUAUCAAAGUGAUUUUAGUCAACCAGAAGAGAAACGCAGUAAACUUUCACACCAAACCGCUUUAGGUCGAACUCAAGUAACGGCUCCUAUUCGAAAAAUGAAAUUGAAUCCACACCCCCAUAAAUGUACACUUACUAAGAAACGAAAUUUAUCGUCAUCGUGCAACAUAGAUGAUGUUCUGAACUACUUUCAGACUUCCAAGAAGGCUCUGUAUGAUAUUGAGGAUGUCAUUGAUAUUAUUCUACCCACAGUGGAAGCUUUACCAAAGAAGGCAAUGAAGUCGACCCAUGACUACACUUCAUGGAACUUUAAAGAAAUUUGCCUGCCAAAUUUACAGGAAACAGUAGAUCGAAUGCAAUUACCGCAGUCUGUCUUGGCUAAUAUGUUGUCAUCGCAACAAUCAUUGUUGCCGAAAGAAAGUCAGGAAAACAGCCAACAAUUUUUGGGUACUUCUGUGGAUGAACUGGGAUCUUCACGUUUGUUCUGGGAUUCUGAACCAAACUUAUGCGACCUUUCAAAUGAAACACAGUUGGUGAUUGGUAAUAUAGACGCCCCGAGAAACUGGGGCGAGUACAAACUUCUCAAGAAACAAGACAAAGAGUUUUACCCCCUUCAUGGGUCGCCUGUACGUCACCUAUGGGAAGGAGAAGUCCAUCCACUCAUUAAGCCAUCUGAUGCCCUGACAACUAAUAAUCUACUUCACAAAUUACAGACUAUACAAAACGUGAAUGCUUUGUUGCACUUUGAAGAGUCUUGUGAACCUGAACAAGCUACAAAGGUUGACUUUAAUAUCUACUUACCCGAGUCUAACUACAAGAAAACUUCUCCAGGGAAACCAGUAUUUUAUGUUAUUGUAACCAAGUUAGAAGAGGAACCACCAAAUCUGUCGACCCAGAUGCAGUUGCUUCGUCAGGCAAGAGGCACACCACUUGUUUGGGCUGUGGUAGACAAUGGUGAUAUAUCAUUCUACACAUUGCGUGAUAUAGAACUUCCUAUUGAUAUAACCACUUAAUGAACCAUUCCGCUAAACCCCAGUCCAGUGUAAAAACAUGCAUGUGCGGGGGACAACACAUAUGUGGCAAAGACAAGCCAAACCAGUCACUCGUCGCAAAUCAUGUUUCAGAGAAAAUUGCCAAACAUGCUGGAAUGUCAAAUUUUUAAAAAUCUAUUUUAUUGCACUAAACUA